AUGAGUCUCUGCAGUUGGAAUGCUCGAGGUUUGGGGAGCCCUCGAGCAUUCCGUAAUCUCUCCCUGCUGGUCAAGCAGCAUCAGCCUGUGAUGUUGUUUGUUAUGGAGACAAAAUUGCCCGCUGGACGUGGAACUGACCUCAAACACAAGCUUCGUUUUGAUAGUGUUUUAGAGGUGCCUAGGCAGGGGGUUGGGGGAGGGAUUUUACUCUUUUGGCAAGACUGUAUUGAUGUUAAUGUAAUAUCUUACUCCCUUAAUCAUGUAGACUGUAUUAUAAAUAAUUUUAAUGGAAAAACUUGGCACUUUUCUGGCUACUAUGGUUCUCCCUAUGUUAAUCUUAAAUCUGUUACUUGGACUUUACUCAAUCGUUUAUUUGAUACUGCUCCUCUUUUGCCGUGGUUAGUUAUAGAUGAUUUUAAUGAUUAUCUCUCCCUAAAUGAUAGGAAUUCUGCUCAUAAUCCCCCUACUCAUGUUAUGCAUUCUUUCCAUGAUUUUUUGAAUAAUCGUAAUCAUAUUCCCAUGCCUCAUGUUGGGCCUAAAUUUACUUGGAAACAUGGUUCUAUCCUCGAACGUCUGGAUUGGUGUACCUCAAAUCAACUCUGGCGUGAUCUUUUUCCUCAUGCUACUCUCUUUCAUCUGGGGUUUUAUGGUUCGGAUCAUAGAGUUUUAAAGAUUAUGCUCCAAGACCCUCAUUUUGCUACUCAAAGAUCCAAUCGUUUUCAUUUUGAAAAUCAUUGGCUGAAAGAUCCCUCUUUUUCAAAUCUUCUUACCUCCUCCUGGACUUUCUCUGGGACUUCUGUUUCAUCUCCCUUGAAGCUCUUUCUAGACAAACAAUCUAACUGCGUCGCCACUAUUAGGAAUUGGAGUAAAUCUCAGCACCCUAUUAAGCUCCAAAUCUCUCAGACUCAAGCCGAGCUUGAUUCCCAGUUGAAUGCCACCUCCCACUCCCCCAAUUCUCUCUCCCUCAUAGCUUCCCUUCAAUCCAGACUGGAUGGCCUUCUCCUGAAGGACGAAAUAUACUGGAAACAGCGUUCCAGGAUUGAUUGGCUGCGUGCUGGAGACAAAAACACAAAAUUUUUUCACCACCGUGCCUCCACCAGGAAGAAGAACAACUUUAUCCGCCUCAUUACCCUUCCUGAUGGAUCUAUAUCUCAUGAUACAGCCACUAUAACGACCCAAUUUCUUCAUUUUUUCAACUCUCUUUUCACCUCCCAAGGAGUUUGUGCAGAGGCUGUCAAUACUCUUCUCCAAGGGAUUCCCAAUAGGCUCUCCACUCAUCAAGCUGAUUUUCUUGUUGAGCCUUAUACAGAAAUGGAAGUCAAAAACGCAUUAUUUAGCCUCUCUGUAGACAAAGCUCCGGGACCAGAUGGACUCAAGUCACUCUUUUACAAACGUAACUGGUCCACUAUUGGCACUGAUUUCACAAAGGCCAUGCUUCAUAUUCUUAAUCAUCAGGGGGAUAUCUCUUCCAUCAAUCAAACCAUCAUUGUCCUCAUCCCUAAAAAGAAGAAUCCUAAGAAUGUCCGUGAUUUUCGUCCGAUUAGUCUUUGCAACACUUUCUAUAAAUGUCUUUCCAAAAUUAUUGCGAAUCGGCUAAAACUUGUGCUUCACUCCAUUAUCAGUAUCAAUCAAAGUGCUUUUCUCAAAGGCCGCCAAAUCACUGACAAUAUUCUCCUUGCAAACGAAAUUAUUCACGCCAUUCAUUCUAGGAGAUCUGGGAAGGUUGGUUGGGCUGCUAUUAAGCUUGAUAUGGAAAAGGCUUUCGACAGAGUGGAAUGGUCUUUUCUAAAUCAUUUGCUCAAUCAUGUUGGCUUCCCGCACCAGUUUUCUUCCCUGAUAAUGCGUUGUCUUUCAACGGUUCAAUUUCGUCUUUCCAUUAAUGGCUCUCUCACUGACCCGUUUCCUUCAACGCGUGGUAUCAGGCAAGGGGAUCCCCUCUCUCCCUAUCUUUUCCUUCUUAUUGCCGAGGGUCUCUCUGCAGCAAUUCGGUUACAAGAAACUCAGGAUCAAUUUUCUGGUAUUCGGAUUUGCAGGGGAGCCCCCCCUUUGUCUCAUCUCCUGUUUGCUGAUGAUAGCAUGGUCUUUUCUCCUGUCCAUCCUCAAGCUAGUACUUCCCUCAAUAGUAUUCUUGAUCUUUACCAUAAAGCUACUGGCCAAUUGGUGAAUAGAGAGAAAUCCUCCAUUCUCUUCUCCCCCAACACCACUGCUCAGGCCCAAGACCAAUUUCGUCAAGAUCUUCAUCUUAUGGGAGAAGGUUUCAUUAGCAAGUACCUUGGUGCUCCCCAUUGUGUUGGCAGGGUUUCCAAUUCAAUGUUUCACUACCUGCUUCAAAAAGUUUCUUCAAAGUUUAACUCUUGGAACGAAAAAUUCUUCUCUAAAGCUGGUAAAGAGACUCUUAUUAAAGCGGUGGUCCAAGCUAUCCCCUCUUUUGCAAUGUCAAGUUUCAAAAUUCCCAAAUCGAUUUGUUCUAAAAUCCAAAGCUUGAUUGCUAAAUUCUGGUGGGGUUCCCAAGGCACUAAAAAAAUACACUGGAAAAACUGGGACUCUAUUUCUGUGUCAAAAUUCUUUGGGGGCUUGGGCUUUCGAAUUCUUUCUUCUCAUAAUCAAGCUCUCUUAGCUAAGCAGGCUUGGCGUAUUUGGAAUGAUAGGUCUUCCCUUCUUCAUUCUGUCCUUAAAGCUAGAUACUUCAAACAUUCUGAUUUCCUACAUGCCCCUCCUGGUCACAACUCCUCUUUCACCUGGAGAAGUAUCCUUUGGGGGCGCCAUCUGCUUCAAAAAGGGUUGGUUUGGAAAAUCGGUACUGGAACUAAUAUUCCCUUAUCUGCUCCUAAUUGGAUUCCAAACAUUCAGAGUCCUACACUCUUGCACUCUAUCCAUCAGUCCCAAGCUUUUGUCUCUUUCUUCUUAAAUGAUGACUCAACUUGGAAUACCCGAAAGCUUAAUCACUAUUUUCCUUCUUACCAAGUUGAUCGUAUCCUCACAACCCCAAUUGAUCCUCAAUCUUCAGAUUCGCUUAUUUGGGGAUUUCACUCCUCAGGCAUUUUAACAGUUAAAUCUGCUUACCAUCUUGCCUGCACCCUUGAUUCUGUUCAGGUUCCUUCCUCCUCAAAUCCUAAUCCAUACCUUCAUUGGUGGAAAUCCCUUUGGUCUCUCCCUAUACCCUCCAAGAUUAAACAUUUUAUUUGGAGAGCUUUCCAUCACAUAUUGCCUUGUUCUCUCAAUCUCUUUCUUAAAAGGAGUCUCCCUAAUCCAUCUUGCUCAAGCUGUGGUUAUGAUAAGGAAUCUGUCUCUCAUGCUCUUAUUGGUUGCCCACGAGCAAAGUCUAUUUGGAAAGCUUCAUCUUUUAAACAGUUUUAUUUGUCUUAUUACAGAAGUGACAUCAAGGAUUUUCUUCUUCAGGCUUUUCAAAUGUUAAAUAAACAGGAGUUUCAAAUCUUUAUUACUUUCAUUUGGCAGAUUUGGAAUACACGAAACUCUAUUCUAUUCAAGAAGAAUCAUACUACUAACAAUGUGGAAGAAUUUGUUGUGAAUUAUUUGCAGGAAUACAAAGAUGCACAACAUUCCCAACAACAUGAUAGUCAGCCAUCUGAAGAUUCAAACAUCCCUCAGUCGUCUCAUCAGCUUAGGCCUCCUUCCUUGUCUCCUGAAACUCCUGCUCUUUUUGUAGAUGCAGCCACUGACCAUCUUAAAAGCUUAACUGGUGCUGGUUUUGUCUUCAAACGGGGACAUCAAACUGUGUUGGCUUCUAAUUUCAGCAGGCUGCCUGGUGUUGUCUCGCCCAUUUUCUCAGAAGGCCAAGCUCUCUUACAAAGUCUGAAUUGGUGCAUUGAUUCCCAGUUCACACCUCAAGUUGUUUUUUCAGACUGCCUAAACUUAGUCUCAAAAGUAAAUGGAGAUUGGCAGGACAACUCCGCUCUUUCUGGUUUAGUUUCGCGCAUUCGGUUGCUCUUCUCGAACUUCCCUGGUGCUUCUUUGCAGUUCAUCCCUCGGCAGUUUAAUAUGGAAGCUCAUAACUGUGCCCGUGAAGCUCUCAGGUUCAGAGAAAUGAGCUAG